AUGACCAUAUUAUCGAAAACCAUUUUUAUUCAGAGGAUUGAUGAUUUUUAUUUCUUUGUUUGAGCUCCUCUUAAAUUACCACAUCGCAAAGCGCCUCAUCAAUCUCCGGUGAUCCAGACGUCCAAUUGAGUCCGUGCGUGGGCGUGCCUCUCCGCUCCGGCCACCCGGAGAUGGUCACCGCCGCCAAGCCCUCUCCCUUGGUCUGCUUCAAGUGGCCCUGGGGCCCCAGCCCUAGCCCUAGCCCUAGCGCCACCCCAAGCCCAAGCCCCUGCGGCGACCUCGAGCUCCCCUGGCUCUUCAAGUCCAUCCGCACCGUCGCGCAGGGCCUCCUCAUCGCCGGCGACCUCCCCUCCCCCUCCCCCUCCCCUGGAACCGCAAGCGCCGGCCAUGGGGCGAGGCUGUGGAAGCGUCACCCGGGACCCGCGGCGGUGGAGGCGGACCGCGGGGACGCGGAGCAGCGGGCGCUGGCGGCGGCGCUGGUGAGCGGGAAGGCGGCCACGGUGCUUGAGUUCUACUCGCCGCGGUGCCGCCUCUGCUCAUCGCUGCAGGGCCUCGUGCGCGAGCUCGAGGACGGAGACGAUGGCUCUGCGAGCUUCGUGCUAGCCGACGCCGAGGAUGACCGGUGGCUCCCCGAGCUUCUGCAUUAUGAUGUCAGAUAUGUUCCUUGCUUUGUGCUCCUGGACAAGAAUGGUAGAGCUCUAGCGAAGACCGGAGUUCCAAGUAGCAGGCAGCACGUUAUUGCUGGACUUCAUCAUCUUCUUAACAUGAAGCAACCAUCUGGGCUGGAAGGAAAGAAGAGUCGAUCAUGAUGAUAGUUUCUUGAGCAUGAUCUGUAGUCACGAAUAAUGUCAGAUAUUGCAUUUUGUUUGUUCACCAAGCAUAUCUGCGGAUAAUGUUGGAAAUUUUAUUUUGUGUAGCAAUUCAUAUAUUGUUAGUUUUGUAGCUAUGUGUUUAACUUUUGUACAAGUUCAUUUUUUUUGUGAGAAUAUACUUCUGGAUGACGUGGUGUGAAAAUCAGAAUGUGAGGGAAUGUGCUUAUGUGAUCGAUCAUGCUUCUGCUUC